UAUGAAGAUUUUGGACUUUAAUUAGAUAAAUGUCACAGUUUGACAGCACAAUUAUUUUUCCUUAAAAUGUCCAGCGAGAAUAUUGAACCGGUGGAAGAAAAGGAACAAGUAGAAGUAAAUGAGAACCAAGAAGUUGAUGGGAAUAUACAUGGUGAAACUGAUGUCGAACAUAUUGAAUCUGCGGAAGCUUAUACGAAAGAAUCCGAUAAAGACAUCAAACAAGAUGAUUCGGCACAGCUAGAACCCGUACAACAAGAAGAAAUCAGGAAGGAGCCCGAACCGGAGCACUUACCAGCUCAACAGGAUGCAGAACAAAAGUCAGUGGAGCUGAGAACCCCGAAGCAUAGGAGUGGUGACCACUCCACACCCCAGCUAGCUGUCGCCAGUGAACCACUGAUGUACGAAAAAAGUAAAGACAAAUUCGGGAUGCUUGCUAAGUCUGCACUGGGUAGCAUAAUCGAUAUACGACAGAUGGGCAUCUCGGGAGAAGUGAGCGAAAAAAAAAUGGUGCGAUACGCCAACACUUACAAAAUGGAAGCGGAAAAUCCUUUCAAUCCCGAAGAAGUGGAUAAGAUUUUGAGAAAAGUAAUGGAAGAGGCUUUGGAAAAUCUUACUUACGACGUUGAAAAAUGUAACAAACAAGCGAAAUGGGCGUCAGCCUCCAUCAGAUACAGGGUAAAAAGAAUGAAUUUCGACAGAUACAAGAUAGUCUGUCUAGUCACCAUAGGAGAGAAACAUUCACAGGACAUUCUGGCAACUUGUAAAUUUUUGUGGGAUGCUGAAAAAGACGGAUAUGCUGCAUUUGCUCUGGAAAAUACUUAUGUUUUUGGAUAUGCCCAGUGUUUUGGGUUGUAUUAUGAAUAACUAAAUAGGUAUUUGAUUCGA